UGCCUGCUGCCAAAAUGCACAAGGUGAACAGAUUCGCACGUCCGAGUCGUUCCAUCGCCGAGCUUCUGCUCGCUCGACGUUCACGUCCGCUCUCCGCAACGACCUCGCUCUCCGUCAAGUUCUACGACUCGCCCGACGACGCCCUGGAAGGAAUCAACGACAACAACACGCUCCUUGUCGGCGGCUUCGGCCUCUGCGGCAUCCCAGAAAACCUCAUAGACGCUCUGCAACGACGCGGAACCCGUAAUCUAACGAUAGUGAGCAACAACGCCGGUAUUGACGGCGUCGGGCUCGGCAAGCUGCUGCAAUCGAAGCAAAUAAAGAGAAUGAUCUCGUCCUAUGUGGGAGAGAACGCCGAGUUCGAGCGGCAGUAUCUGAGCGGAGAGCUUGAAGUCGAGUUGACACCCCAGGGAACGCUGGCUGAGAGAAUACGCGCCGGCGGAGCGGGAAUUCCGGCUUUCUUCACUAAGACCGGAUACGGGACUUUGAUUCAUGAAGGGGGCGCGCCCAUCAAGUACGAUGGUGAUGGGAAUGUCGAGAUUAAGAGUGAGCCGAGAGAGACGCGUCAUUUCGGUGGACGAUAUUAUAUUAUGGAGGAAGCUAUCAUGGGGGAUUUUGCAUUGAUUAAGGCUUGGAAGGCGGAUACUCAAGGAAACUUGGUUUUCAGACGAACCGCGAGAAAUUUUAAUCCGCCGAUUGCGAGAGCCGCUCGCACAACAGUCGCUGAAGUUGAGGAGAUCGUCGAGGCUGGGACGAUCCCGCCCGAAGACAUUCACGUCCCAAAUAUUUAUGUUCAGCGAAUCUUCAAGGGAUUGCAUUUUGAGAAACAAAUCGAGAGACUGACGACUCGUAGAGAGGACGACCGGGUUGUUUCGUUGGAUGCCGUACGAGAGACGAUUAUUCGACGUGCGGCUUUAGAGUUUCGCGACGGAAUGUAUGCAAACUUGGGCAUCGGCAUUCCAAUGCUUGCCAGUAACUUCAUUCCGAAGGGAAUGACGGUCCAUCUACAGAGCGAGAAUGGAAUUCUUGGGAUGGGACCGUUUCCUACUGCAGACGAGGUCGAUCCCGAUUUGAUUAACGCCGGGAAGGAAACGGUGACCGUGUUGCCGGGUAGUUCGUUCUUCGCCAGUGAUGAGUCGUUUGCUAUGAUUCGUGGCGGUCACGUUGAUCUGACGGUGUUGGGUGCCAUGCAGGUGUCACAGUAUGGUGACUUGGCCAACUGGAUGAUACCCGGCAAGAUGGUCAAGGGAAUGGGCGGUGCGAUGGAUCUGGUGGCGUCUGCUGGUACGAAAGUCGUCAUAACGAUGGAACACACGGCGAAAGGAAAGCAUAAGAUCGUCAAGUCGUGUUCGCUGCCUCUGACAGGCAAAUCGUGUGUUGAUCAAAUUAUCACCGAAUUGUGUGUGUUCACUGUUGAUGCGAAGAGAGGUUUAACGCUGACCGAGUUGGCCAAUGGAGUGACAGUGGAAGAUGUACAGAAAGGGACUGGAUGUUCGUUCAGUGUUGCGACGGACGUUAAGUCCAUGUCACAGAUAUAACAGAAACUUGUAAUGUUGACAUUGACGUAGUAGAGUAAAUAGACUGACAUAUGGUCUUGUCUCUCAUGUAUUGAACUUGUGUGCACUUGAUUGGUGUGUGUGUGUGUGUGUGUGUGUGUGUGUGUGUGUGUGUGCGUGCGUGCGUGCGUGCGUGCGCGUGCGUGCGUGCGUGCGUGUGUGUGUGUGUGUGUGUGUGUGUGUGUAGUAAAUAUGGCCGAUUGCUUUUCAUUUGGUUUGUGCUGUACUUUGUGUCGUUUGAAAGGGACUCACUAGAAGUUUGGUAAUACUUUGUUUAUGAUGCCGUUUGCUUGCUAUUGUUGGCAUUUUGAUCAAUACUAAAUACUUCAUUUGAGUUUUUACCAGUUACCUCAACAAUAAUUAAUUAUUUUGUGCAAAUUUGAUUAAAUUUGUGACUAUACAUGAAAUUGUUAGAUUAUACUUUAGGAGUGUAGUAUUAAG